CAUGUUGGCGCGGGGUAAAGUCCAGUUCAGGAAGGUGACAACACACAGGAGAGAAACACAUUUCAAACAGCUUCAACAUGUCUGAAGUGGACAAACAGCUGCCCACUGAGCCCAUCUCUGCAGUUGGAGUAGUCAGUUAUCUCAACAAGGCCCAAGAUGACUACUAUGCUGUUGCACAAACAACAGAUGGCUCUGACGCCGACCUGUGGAAGGACGGCUUAUUCAAAUCCAAGGUCACUCGCUACCUCUGUUUCACCAGAAAAACUGGGCCAGAGGUUGUUGUGGACAUGAAGCUGAUUGACAUUAAGGACGCAUUGCCAGAGGGCUUCACACCUGUGGAAGAAACAAUGGACACGAAGGAAACUGCCAUGAGGAAGAGGAGGCUCUGUGUGAAAAUGAGCCCUCGUGCUGCUGCAGAGGCGGCGGUAUAUGACAUCCAGAUCACUGCGAAGUCCAAGUACCACCUUGUUAACUACACCUGUAUGGGUGAGAUGAACAAUAUGGGGCUGUGGUUUCGAAUGGGAGAUGUUCCUAAGCAGCUCUCAUCACAAGCUAUGUCCAGAACAGCGUAUGAGGCUCCAACAUACAUAGCAAGGAGGACAACGAGCAGGCCGGACUAUGAGCACCAGAGCAGUGGGACCUACACCCUGACAGCUCUGGAUGAUGUACCCUUUGUGAUCUCUGAGAAGUUUAGUGGAAGAAAACCCAAAGAGAUGCAGCAAGUCAAUUUAAUGGGCAUUACGAUCAAAUCCCUGGCAGAGAUCGAGGAGGAAUUUCAAUACAACUUCACCACAGAGAGGAGCAUUGCCAUCUAACUCUCCACCCAAAGUUUACGAACAGAGACACACAGACACGAGGACUGAAGCUCAGCAGAAAGACUCCUGGAUGUAAAAUAAUGGAAGGAAAUAUUUUGAUUUUUAUUUAAAUUAUUUUGGAGUAUUUUCGAUAAUGUACAAUUAUGGGCAUUAAAUUCAAAAAGAUGUUUUAAUUUA